GAGAACGCCAGGGCCGUGGUGACCAUCGGCAUCCCCUUCCCCAACGUCAGGGACCUGCAGGUUGAAUUAAAGAGGAAGUACAAUGACCAGCACAAAAGUACAAGAGGACUUUUAUCAGGGAGUCAGUGGUAUGAGAUCCAAGCUUACAGAGCUCUCAACCAAGCCCUGGGAAGGUGUAUAAGGCACAGGAAUGACUGGGGGGCUCUUAUUUUGGUUGACGACCGCUUCAGGAGGAACCCCAAUAAAUACAUAACUGGUGAGCAGAAAGUUGAUGUAGAGAGCCAUUCCCACCAUGUAAAGCAGAAAAGGACACACAUGGACUGCACCCCCAAAAUGGCAGCAAUCAAAGCAGAGCGAGAAGAAGUGAAUGGUUGGAGCAGUGCUGAUGGUGUGGAGCAGAAAUGCUGCCCUGAGCCUCUGACUGCAACUCCUGCAGCCCAGAACUGCAGGGCCACAGGCAGCAGCAGCCAGGAGCAUGGGAGCGGGCCCAGGGACCCUGCUGACCAUCCCAAUCAGUGCCAAUCAGCGUUAAUUGCAGAGCACACACCAAGUGCAGCAGAAUCGUGUUUGGAAACAAGCCGUGUUUCAGUUCAGAGCCCUCAGGCCCCCGGUGCUGGAGGCCAUCCUGGAGCUGAGCCCUGCAGGGAGCUCCCUCCAGCAGCAGGGAGAGCUGAGCCUUCAGCAUUAGAUGGGGAUGAGGAUGAGGAUGAGAGCAUUUACUACACCCCAGAACUGUAUGAUGAUGCAGAGCCAGAGGAGCAGAGAACUGAGCCCCCAGAGCCAGCCUGUCCCAGCCCUGGGAACUGGGGGGAAUGUGGGAACCCCAGAGUCCCUGCUCUGGUUGCCAGCAGCCCCUCAGGAACCCCGAAUGGAGCUGGGGCUGGCAGGAGCCCCCCUGGCAGCAUGGAGGCUGUGAGGGGCAGGGCCAGCACAGCUGGAGCACAGCAGGGAGCAGCCCAGGACACCCCAAAAAGGAAAAUCAGCCUCUCCAGAUCCAGAAAUAAAGGAUUGAAAAUUCAGAGGAGAUGCAGCAGAAGGAAAGCUGCCCUUAGGCAAAGUGGCUCCUCCAGAGAGAGAAAGAAGGAAGCACACAAGCAGCCUUGCAGGAAAGGACUGGCCUGUGUUGUGUGUGGAGCUGAGAUCCUGCCCAAAGCUCAGGGAAUUUUGAGAAAAGCUUGCUACAGUAAUAGUGAGCUGCAAAUAAUCUGGAAACUCUUCAGAAAUGCCAAUAUAAGAAGCAAAGAAUCCAUUAAUAAUUGUAAGUGUAAGCUAGAGGCCAUUUCAGAAGAUGAUAAUGUGAUGUUGGUCAUCUCAGAUGCUGCAAGUCUGGGUCACCUUAAAGAGACUUUGAAGGUUUAUCAGAUGCCAGUGAAAGACCUGAAUGGCAGUUUAUCUUUAAAUGCUCUUUGGAAUGAGAAGGAAUCUUCUCUGACAAGUUACUUGCAGUGCAGGAGCUGUGUCCUUCAGUCCAUUUCUCCAAGCCCUCUGAUAGGAGCUGAGGUUACUCAUUUCAGUAACAAAGUGCAGUCAUGGGUAAGUCAGAUCACUUUAUUUUGUGUAAUAAAAUUAGAAUGGAAUGAUUUGUACAGGAAAUACUAAAAUACUAUUUUUGUAAACGGUAGAAUGAAUAUUUACUUAGAUAAAUCAUGUAAAAUGAUCUGAUUUCUACCACAGAGAUUUGAAAUGAUAAUUAUAACUGAGUUCAGGUCACUGAAUAUAUUUGUCUGUACCUAAUUUGCUGCAAUGUCUGUGGAAUUACAUCUGAAAAGGGAUGGGAAAAUAGCAGCCAUCCAUGUCUUUCAUGAAAGGAAAACCAGAACAAAACAUAUUUACACAAGUGCUGUAGACUUGAGUUCUCAGACAUGUAAUUUUAUGUUAGUUUUGGCACUAAAAAAGAAGAAGUUAAUCAGCCCCUGAAGGAUGAACAUGGACACGGUUUAAUGGAGUCAACAGGAAGAAAUU